AGGAGGCGCCGGCGCCGGCGACGCCUCUCGAGGAAGUUGGCCCUUUAAUUAUAGAGCCAGUUCCCUGUCGCAUCCACCUUCAGCAGCAAGCAGCAGACGCAGUCGGUGUCAAUCCUCUGUCCCGGGUACGGCACCGCGGCCAUGGGCGGCUCGGCCUCCAGCCAGCUGGACGAGGGCAAGUGCGCCUACAUCCGAGGAAAAACAGAGGCUUCUAUCAAAAACUUCAGUCCCUACUACAGCCGCCAGUAUUCUGUGGCUUUCUGUAAUCACGUCCGCAGUGACGUGGAACAGCAAAGAGAUUUGACGUCUCAGUUCCUGAAGGCAAAGCCCCCCUUGGAACCAGGAACUGUUUUGUAUGAAGCUGAGCUCUCCCAGUUUGCUGAAGACAUCAGGAAAUGGAAGGACAGAUAUGUUGUGGUUAAAAAUGAUUUUGCUGUGGAAAGCUAUGAGAACAAAGAGGCCUAUCAGAAAGGAGCUGUUCCUAAAAGCCGAAUUCUUCCAGCUGGAGGCAAGGUUUUAACUUCAGAAGAGGAAUAUAAUAUCUUGUCUGAUAAGCAUUUCCCAGACCCCAUUGCUUCCAGUGAGAAGAACUCUCAGCCCUUCGUGGUCCUGCCCAAGGCAUUCCCCGUGUACCUGUGGCAGCCUUACCUCAGGCACGCCUACUUCUGUUUCCAGGAGGCCGCUGAGCAGCAGAAGUUCAGCGCUCUUCUCAAUGACUGCAUCAGACACCUCAAUCAUGAUUACAUGAAGCAGACGACAUUUGAAGCCCAAGCCUUUUUAGAAGCUGUGCAGUUCUUCCGGCAGGAGAAGGGUCACUAUGGCUCAUGGGAGAUGAUGACUGGGGAUGAAGUCCAGGUCCUGAGUAAGCUGGUGAUGGAGGAGCUCCUGCCCACUCUUCAGACCGACCUGCUUCCUAAGAUGAAGGGGAGGAAGAAUGACAGGAAGAGGGCCUGGUUUGGUCUCCUGGAGGAAGCCUACAAUCUGGUUCAGCACCAAGUGUCGGAAGGAUUAAGUGCCUUGAAGGAGGAGUGCAGAGCUCUGACAAAGGGCCUGGAAGGGACCAUCCGCUCAGACAUGGAUCAGAUCGUGAACUCAAAGAACUUCCUAACUGGGAAGAUCAGAGCAAUGGUGGCUCAGCCAGCAGAGAAAAGCUGUGGGGAGAUCGUGCAGCCGUUCCUGGCAUCCAUCCUGGAGGAGCUGAUGGGGCCGGUGAGCUCCGGCUUCAGCGAAGUGCGUGCGCUUUUCGAGAAAGAAGUAGAUGAACUCAGCCAGAGCUUCCGUGCUGCCCAGGACAGUGUCCAGCUGACGGAGCACCUGGACCAGCUGACGAAGCUUCCUCUGGAUUCUGUGAAGAUGGAACCCUGUUAUACUAAAGUCACAUUGCUUCCGGAGCGCCUGCUGGAUCUCCAGAGUCGCUUCAGAUUCCCUCACGUGGAUCUGGUGGUCCAGAGGACUCAGAACUACAUGCAAGAGCUCAUGGAGAACGCAGUGUUCACAUUUGAGCAGUUGCUCUCCCCACAUCUCCAAGGAGAGGCUUCCAGAGCAGCGGCUGCCAUCGAGAAGGUUAAGCUCCGUGUCUUAAAGCAAUAUGAUUACGACAGCAGCACCGUCCGGAAGAAGAUCUUCCAGGAGGCAUUGAUUCAAAUCACACUACCCACCGUGCAGAAGGCACUGGCGGCCACAUGCAAACCAGAGCUUCAGAAAUACGAGCAGUUCAUCUUCGCAGAUCACACCAAUAUGAUCCAUGUCGAGAACGUCUACGAAGAGAUCUUGUAUCAGAUCCUCCUUGACGAAACUCUGAAAGUGAUCACGGAGGCAGCUAUCUUGAAGAAACACAACUUAUUUGAAGACAACAUGGCCUUGCCCAGCGAAAGUGUAUCCAGCCUGACAGAUCUCAAAACCUCCAUGGGGUCAAACCAGGCCAGCCCAGCCAGAAGAGUGUCUGCCAUUCUUCCAGGGGCUCCAGAUAAUGAAGUAUUCCAGGAGCCAGAGGAAAAGAAGCAGCAGCCUGGGGUACCCGGCUCACUGGCCAGAGAAGAAAGUACUUCUGUCCCUUGGUCCAGUCCUCCUUCAGGUGGGGAUGGGCAGGUGACUGUGUCUAGUGUGGAUAGCUCUGCUGGGAGUCCUCUCACUGCAGAGGAUACAGCAGGACCCCUCAGCUCACAUUUGUCAGAGGUGGAAGGUGGGGAGACCCUUAAAGAUGAGGAGCCCACCUGUGAAGGGCCAGAGUCCAUCAACACUCCAGGGUCUUUGAAGGAGCUGAAAGAGUUGUUGACUGUGACAGUGUCCGUGGAGCCCACCCCAGUGAUUGACAAUGAUACACAUGAGGAGACACCUGUUACCCAAGAAAAUGAAAAAGAAGAAGACAAGAUCGACCCAGAAGCCAGCCAGCCAGCUGCCAGCCAGCAGGACAACUGUGAAGAAAGGCAAGUCAGAGAGUGGGGCGGCCAGCCUACCCCUCUGGAAGUUGAGGCUUCUGGAGAAGACUUGGGGACAUUGCCAGAAGCUAGCAGCACUAUCUCUCAGUCCACUGGUGGGGGGCCCCCUGAGGACACAGGCUGUCUAGGUCCCUUAGGGGAGCCAUCUGAGGCUCCAGAGCCCACUGGCAAUGUGCCCCCAGCCAUGGUUUCUACACAGGACACCACUCAUGUAGAAGACGAGGCUGUGCAUGCCGAGACGGUCACACUGCAAGAAGAUGCCACAUUAAGUUCUGAUCCCAUCUUUUCUGUGGAGAAGAAUGAGAUGCCCCAGGUUUCUGAGAAUCCAGAAGUGCCGGGAGAGAAUGAUAGCCCAGCCCUUGCUGUGCAUACAAAGCAAGUCAAUACUGGCCAUUCACACGGGUGCCCGUGGGUGGUAGAGGAUGCCCCAGGCACUGGCAUCCCAGAGAUGUCUGAUAAUGACGUGAACUCCCCUGAACAGCCCUCAGAGGAGUAGCAGAAACAAUUUGGCCAGAGUUUUUCUUUUAAAACUGGUCAGAGGGUUUUAGUUAUGGGAAUCCAUAGGGGAUUGCAUGUGGGUUGCUAUAAAAUUUAUGAAAUAUUUCCUUAAUUUGACUAAUAAGGCCAGAGGAAAUGUAUACAGGGUGUGAACAUUUAGGCCAACUUUUGGGAGCUGAACUGCUCCCUGUGAAGGGUUGCUUUAGCACCUUAAUAGAAAUAAUGAAAGAAUUGGAGUAUUGGGGUGAAGGGGCUCCAGAGAGGCAGCAGUUCUGCAGCAGAGGCUAAAAGAGUAGGAGCUGGCACCUCCAUAUUCUCUGCACGGAAAUGUGGUACACAUCACUGCAAGAGUACAAAGGUCUACCGUGACCCCAGCCUUGCCACCCACUCUGUCAGCUUCACUGCCUCUUAAGUGGCAUUUGUCCAUUGCCAAGCCACAAGAAAGAGGAAGUCAUGAGCACCAGGUACUCCUGCCCUGUGAAGCACCCCAGAGCCAAUCAUGGCUGGCAGAUCUGAGGCAAUGCAGAACAAAAAUGCAAGCUGGAAGGUCUGUGGGACUGUCUAAGGCCCUGUUCCCAAUCCUGCUAUCAAUUCCUUGUUGGUUCAUUUUGUUGAUUUGUAUUAGUUAAUCACCUUUUGAGGAAAUUCAGAUGGGACAAGAGAUUUCAUUGGCACAAAUUAGCCUCGGGUUGUGCAAAGUGCUCAGCUAAAUUUUCUAGCUCAAAACCUACCAAUUACACAGACAUUAUUUGAACAGCUAGUGCAUGCUCUGUUAGGCACAGUAAUAAGUAAAAGAUCAGGUGUUUUGCUUCAUAUUAAUUAAAGGGCUCAUGAGAAUUUAGUCUAGAAGAAAAGAUUUUUUUUUUCAAUUUUUAAGUUUCAAACCAUGACAGCUUUCACUCUCUCCAUUUACACAGUCCUGGUUUGCUCUCAGAAGGGAACAAGUGAAUGCAUGAAUGAACAAAGGAAUGAAUGAAAUCAUUCAAGUUUCUGUCAUUCCCAAAGUCAUCACCAAAAGUAGAAAUGGUUUGAUCAUUCAGCAGAUUAGUUUCUUAGGUACCCUAUCAGGUAGCAAGCUUGGGGAUACCAUAAAGGAAAGACCACUGUUCCCACUUUCUGAAGGAGACAGAAAGGAAUUCACCUUUAACGGAGAUUGCAACCUGUAACAGUUAGUACAAGAGAUGAAUGGACUCAACUUCAAAGGAUCAAAAAGAUGUAUCCUACUGUGUUUCAGAAAAUCUCAGAUUGUUUCCCGGGCAGUGAGCCCGACACUUCCUUUCACAUUUUAACAUCAGCACCUCACACUUUGUCUUCAGAGUUGUUUUCACUCAUCGCCAUCAAGCUUCUCCUUCAGAGAAGUUAUUCCACACUUCAGCCAUUAAAGCAGGAAUUGAGCUACUUCCCUUCCCACCUCUCCCUCAAAGAAUUUCUAAGUCAUAAAAGAUGAGUAAUAAUCACAUCAGCAUGGUGUCGUGUGAAUCAUUUCACCUUCUCUUAGAAUGUUUGUGUCCUACUAUUAAGCAAGGAAGCUCUGGCCAUUCUCUCCAUGGUCCCUGUUUACCUUCCUCCUGGCCUUCAGCAUGCUGCACCAAAAUUGUGUUUACUUCCUGUCUUUUCCACAACCUCCUUUCUUCAAGGACUUUCAAUGACUGAAACGAGGAAUUAGUCAUCAUUUGUUCUUUCUGCUGGAAACCCACAGCCUUGAAUAAUGGCUUCCUGCAUGCCAAGUAACUUUAACAAUCCAGGGCCUAGCGCAAAGACUGACAAGUUUCAUGCUGCUGUGGAAAUGUGGGAACUAAACACCUGGCACACUACUGUGCAGGGGCUAUUUGGGGCUUGCUUUUAGACAGGGAGAGAUUUUUAAUUAACUUUCUGACCUUGUUGAAUCUUCUCAUAAAGUCCAAUGCUGAAGGGGCAGAUGGCCAAAUGGCCAGCGGCACUGCCUGGUUAGGCAGAGAGCCAGAAAACAGUGUCUAGCCCCACAAACAUUGCCCUUCUUUCUCAGAGAGCCAUGGCUAUCACAGAGCUCCAGCUCAUGCUAACCCCACUCCAGAACUCUCAUUUUCUCUGCUUUUGCUCACCCCAUAAGAAGCUAAGUGUAAACGAGAGUAUAGAAGCACAGAUUAAGAUACACGGGACUUGGUUAAAUAUAGGUUAAUUUUAUUCUGGGAGAAGUCAAUUACACAAGAAACUGAUGACCUGCAAGUUCCAGCUCCAAGGAUCCACACCCAGGCUGCUCUCCGAACCAAGAGAGUGCAAGCCUGUCCGGGACCCCAGACCAAAUACCACCUGCUCACAUCUGCGCCACAGAUGCAGCUGGGUGGAUCUCUCACUACAAUUCCCCUUUUAGUCUAAAGAAAAGAUUUAGACUUGAUACAAAACUAUAUACAAAGACAGCAAAUAUCAAGUAUGCUCUAGGAGGCGGAAAAGUAAGAACAUACACACUUAAGACCUAUUGCCAGUGAAGCAACAAGAGCAGGUGGCAAGACAAAGUUUGUCACCAAAUUAGCAGAUGACAACUAGCGCCAAUCAGGAAGGCCAGAGAGGAAUAGGUGCUAAGUAGCAAGACAUUUUAGAGAACACCGAGAACCCUUCCAUGAGUGUUUCACACAACCAAGUACUCCAAACUAGGCAAGGCAGCUGUCACACUGGAAGAUGGAUAAGGAACCCACAGAGCAUCAACAUAGUCUGUGUGUGUGGUGACAUGCCAAAAGCUUGUUUAGCUUCUCAUACGUGUGUGUGUGUGUGUGUGUGUGUGUGUGUGUGUGUGUGUGUCCUGUUGUGUCCAUGGGGAGGCAAGCUGUUGGCGAUCUCAAUGGGCAAUCUCUGCCUUCGGCAAAGCUGUUAAAGACUCCUGGUUCUUGGCCCAAACUCUAGGACUUUAAACCAGUUAUGCUACUUAUUGACCUUUCACAGAGGUUUUCCUUGAAAAUAAAAAUGACUUGUCAUUUUGUCCUGUGUAACUUGGCACAGAGUAUGGAAUCAAGCAGGAAACAUACAUACACACACACACACACACACACACACACAUACACACACACCUUGGAGACUACCAACUCAGAUUCCAGUUGUCGUUUUCAAAGAGGUUGAGUGUAAAGAAUGGCACAACAUUAGGUUUGACCUAUAAAAUCUGUAGUUUUUUUAUUAUUGUUAUACAGAUCCUCAUGUUUGCCCUUGUAAUUCUUCAGAUUAAAGCCAAUGACUUCAAAGGAUUUUACAGUUCUCUGAGACAAAAGUGAUUUUAACUUGUUGGCUUUUGUAAAGUGUGACCUGAGGGGAUGGUUUCAGAUAGAGUACUUACCUAGCAGGCUACAGGUCCUACUUUAACCCAAAAGUGUGUAUAGGGGAGCUAUGUGAUAUGUGCUAAAUAAACAGUCUUUAGUCAUUUCAGAUUGGGGGAAGGGAUGACAUUAUUGGCUCAAAGUCUUAAAACAUAAUACAGUUUCACUGCCAUGUGCCUUCUUUACCAUAGCCACACACGACUAGGGAUUUGCUUUCUCAAGUCUGAGACUUAGUGAAAAAGAAUUCUACACUGUGGUUUUAUUUUUUGCAUUCAUUAUAUAAAGCAAGUAAACUAAAAACACUUUGUAACCAUGUAUUUACUCUGCCAAGUGCCUAUAUUUCAAUAAAACAUUCAUCCCUGAA